CGCGCUCCAGUCUCCAGCAGCAGCUCGGGCGAGGCGAGCAGGGCAGCCGCGCGGAGUCCCAGGGACCCUCCCUCCCUUCGCUCCCGCCCGGCGGCCGCCGCCUCUUCCUGCUCCCAGCCAGGCGUUGAAGGCUUCCCGAUGGCACGGCGCUGAGGGAGCUCCCCGGGCAAGCAGCGGCAGCGGGCGGUGCCGGCGCGGGUCUCUGCACUGAUUCACUGCGGGGCUUGCGUGGGGCGAAGCCGGCUGGUACUUUUCUCCAAUGGUCCAAAGCGACAUGUCCAAAUCGCCUCCCACUCCGGCGACGGCGGCGCAGGAGCUGCAGAUGGAGCUGCUGGACAACCCCGCACCCGCCGCAACAGCAGCGCAGUCUUACGGAAAAGGAGCUAGAAGAAAAAACCGAUUUAAAGGAUCAGAUGGGAGUACGUCUUCUGACACUACCUCUAAUAGUUUUGUACGUCAGGGUUCGGCGGAUUCCUACACUAGCCGUCCAUCUGAUUCAGAUGUAUCUCUGGAGGAAGACAGGGAGGCAGUGCGGAGAGAGGCAGAGCGGCAGGCCCAGGCACAGCUGGAAAAAGCAAAGACAAAACCUGUUGCAUUUGCAGUCCGGACCAAUGUCGGCUACAGUGCAGGACAUGAUGAUGACGUCCCAGUUCCAGGCAUGGCCAUUUCAUUUGAAGCAAAAGAUUUUCUUCAUGUUAAAGAAAAGUUUAACAAUGACUGGUGGAUAGGACGGUUGGUAAAAGAAGGCUGUGAAAUAGGAUUCAUACCAAGUCCAGUCAAAUUAGAAAACAUGAGGAUACAGCAUGAACAAAGGGCAAAGCAAGGAAAAUUCUACUCCAGUAAAUCAGGAGGAAAUUCAUCAUCCAGUCUGGGUGACAUAGUCCCUAGUUCCAGAAAAUCAACGCCUCCAUCAUCUGCUAUAGACAUAGAUGCCACUGGCUUAGAUGCAGAAGAAAAUGAUAUUCCAGCAAACCAUCGCUCCCCCAAACCCAGUGCAAACAGUGUAACAUCACCCCACUCCAAAGAGAAAAGAAUGCCCUUCUUUAAGAAGACAGAGCACAUCCCUCCCUAUGAUGUAGUGCCUUCUAUGCGACCAGUAGUUUUAGUGGGGCCUUCCUUGAAGGGAUAUGAGGUGACAGAUAUGAUGCAAAAAGCAUUAUUUGAUUUUUUAAAACACAGAUUUGAAGGGCGUAUAUCAAUCACACGGGUCACAGCAGACAUCUCGCUUGCCAAACGCUCCGUAUUAAAUAAUCCUAGUAAGCAUGCGAUAAUAGAACGGUCCAACACAAGAUCAAGCUUAGCUGAAGUUCAGAGUGAAAUUGAACGGAUAUUUGAAUUAGCAAGGACAUUGCAGCUGGUAGUACUUGAUGCCGAUACCAUUAAUCAUCCAGCUCAACUAAGUAAAACCUCUCUGGCUCCCAUUAUAGUAUAUGUAAAGAUUUCUUCUCCCAAGGUUUUACAGAGGCUAAUAAAAUCUCGAGGGAAAUCUCAGGCUAAACACCUUAAUGUUCAAAUGGUGGCAGCUGAUAAACUGGCUCAAUGUCCUCCAGAAAUGUUUGAUGUAAUUCUGGAUGAGAACCAGCUUGAAGAUGCCUGUGAGCACCUGGCUGACUAUCUGGAAGCCUAUUGGAAGGCCACCCAUCCUCCUUGCAGCAAUCCUCCCAACCAGCUUCUCACUCGCACACUUGCAACAGCCACUCUUCCUAUCAGCCCAGGUCCAAACAUAAAUUUACAGGGCUCUCAAGGAGAUCAGAGGAAUGACCAUUCAGCCCCAGAACGAACUGGCUCACAAGUUGAAGAGGAAGCACGGAUUGAACCCACGAAGAAAUUUCUACAUCGUUCAUCUUCCUCAGCACAACACCAUAACCAUCGCAGUGGUGUUAGCCGAGGCCUGUCUAGGCAAGAAACGUUUGAUUCAGAAACCCAAGACAGCAGAGAUUCAGCUUACAUAGAACCAAAGGAAGAGUACUCACAUGAGCAUGGUGACCACAAUGAUUCUCACAGGGAUCACAGUCAUAGAGACGAGUCACAUGGGAGCAGUGAUCACAGACAUAGGGAAUCAAGGCAUCGCUCAAAGGAAAGGGACCGAGAACAGGACCACAAUGAAUGCAACAAACAACGCAGUCGUCAUAAAUCAAGGGACCAAUAUUGUGACAAGGAUGGGGAAGUGAUAUCUAGAAAACGCAAUGACACAGGAGACUGGAACAGGGAUGUAUACAUCCGCUAGUAACUUUGGCCUAUGGCAGUUUUGUGUUUCUUUGAAGUCUUGUAUAACAACGCCCCUUGAAAAUAUCUUUGGGUUCUUCAUUGCAGAACAUAUGGUAUCCUUCUGUAUGCUGAUUUGUAUUGCUGUUGCUUGCAUAGCAAUAGCAUGAAAUAGAAUAUUCAUAUACUUAUUUUUUUGAUUAGUGCUAUAUAAAUUGGCAUAGUACAACUGCAGAGCUCCUCAUGUUGUACUGUGCUUUUUUUCAAGCUGUUUUUGGUAGCAGCCACUUGAACAAUAUCUGUUGCCAUCAAGGUGGUGUUAGUGUUUUAAAACAAGGUACAGUUGAUGUUUAAUAACCUCCCGUGUAUUCAGCAAGCCAGAAUCAGCACAUACAAAACUGAAACUCAUCUGUUUUGAUUUUUAAUUUGUAUGCACUUGAUUUGCAUAUUGAUUUAAGAGCCACUAUCUGUUGCUUGUACCUCUGGUGGACUCCAUUUGGGGACAGAAUUCAGUCUUGCCUUACACAUAGGGAAUCAUAAAGUCAAAAUCUAUUUUCUAUGUACUGGUACUGUGUACUGUAUAUACAGUUUAUAAAUGUUAUUUCUGCAGACACCUUCUUACUAUAUAAGUUUGACCACACUGUUUUAGAGUCCUAAUGCCAAGUCAGCAGAUUUGCUUUUGAAUUACUGGCAACUGGAACUAGCCUCAUUCAGGAAAUUGGUAAGUGUGUUCAAUCUAGACAUUUUUUUUCUUCUGUAGCUGAAAGCUUGUACUACUGUAAAUAUGAAUGAAUGCUUGAGAUAAAAGGUUUGAUUCCUAUAUUUUAUGCUGUCCUUGCAAACUUAUAAUUUUGCAUUUUAAAUUGAUAACAAUAACUAACCUAGCACUAUAAAUUGUUCUACACAUGUCUCACAAAUUGUAAUGGACACACUGUAUUUUUUGUCUUAUUGUCAGAAUGGUGGAGCAUACAUCAUAGGGUAUGUGUGUGCGGAUCUAGUGAAGGAAAUAAGCGAUUACUCAAAAUUCCAACCAGUCAGUUUCUUUAUUCUAUCUGUUAUUUUCAAAAUCUGAAUUGCAGUCAGGGAACAUGAGGCAGUUUACUGCUACACGUAAUUGGGAAAGCAUAAAUCUGCUGGCUGUUUGUUGAGACUCCAGGAGAGUAAAAACACAGGCAAAUGUUACUGUAAGUGUUUCACUGGAAAUGUAAAAUCUUUGUGUUUUAGAGUAUUUGUUUUAGUAAGAAAAGUUUACACAGCUUGUGGAGAGUUAUUUUGUUGGAAAAUAAAUUUUUUUGUAGCUCCUCCA